GCUCACAGCUGAUUGGCGGAAACAUGUCACGUGACUCUUAAGGUUCGUGGUGACGUUCGCAGAGUUAGUUGUGAUACGGGAGGCGUCCAGGAACACAGGAAUGGGUCAAGAAGCAGGGAAGUCUGCGUGGCCCAAACCAGCAGGAGGAUACCAGACCAUCUCAGGCAGGAGAUACGGCCGGAGACAUGCGUAUAUCAGUUUCCGGCCGGUUACAGAUAAACAAAGAGUCGCAUGCACUGAGGACUGUCAAAACAUGGAGAGGAUGAGUAUUCGAAAGGACCCGGCAGUGGCAUCAAAGAGCAACAUUUCUUCAGUGCUUCAGACUAUCCUCCCGACGUCAUGCACAAAUGCAGUGUGCCCGGAGUUGAACGCUGCAUCAAAUCUGGAGGGACACAACAGGAGGCAGUCAUCAUUGUGUAGAGUCACAAAAGCACCCUCGAACCAUUUCAAGAGACCAAAGAGUGACCAGGUUGUACCGUAUGACAGAAAAUACUAUUCUGGUAUGGAAAAAAGUGAACAUGCGAGAGUGUGGCCCAUCAGUGAAGACACGAAACCCAACCCGGAAGCUCUGAGUUACAUCAACAUUGAUGCCUAUGAGCCUGACAGUAGCGGCGCCGAGGAGGAGGACUUGUGUUUAAACCCAUCUCAGGCUGCUCAGAAGAGACUUGAUGGCAUUUGUGAACUGGGUGGAAAUUCGCAUCCUAAUGUAUUUCCAAAAAUAAGUAAACAUUCAAUGCAAAUAGCACCUUCUAGAGGCGCAACAGACCUUUGCUGUGAGGAACCAGGUUUUGAAAGAACUGUCAAAGCAAAUGGCAAAGUUAGUCCAUUGGUGGUUGGUGAAGACCAAGCUCCAAAAUGUCACGGGGUUACGGCCAGCUCUGCACCCGCUUCCUGUAAAAGCACAGGAACAACCGACCCUGAAGAUACAUUUCAGUCUGAAAUGGUCGUGAGGCCAAAGAUCCGCAAACAGACGAGCGAGACUCACCUUGAGAGGAAAGGUUCGGAAAAAGAGGAAGUAAGCCAUUUGUCAGGCUUAGCAGUCAGAAACAAGUGUGGCUCGGCGCCUCCGGGUUUCCUCGUCCAAACGAGCCCUGAAAAUGAGUUCUUCUUUGAUUUUCCUCCCAUGGCCUCGAGUGACCUCAGUUCUGAGGACAGGAAAAAUGAGGUUGAUGAUAACACUAAAGCAGAUGAGGAGGAGGAUGAUGAUAAUGACAUCUGGGAAGAUCUGGAGAAUUUUGGAGAGAAAAUCUGUGACCCAUCUGCAAAGGGCGAUGAAAGCAGCAGCUCAGAAUUCAGCGAGGGCGAGUGGUCGGCCUCGUGGACAUCUGACUCUGGGCUGGAGAAGGAGAGGUGCACAAGUGAGGAGAGCUGGGAGACUCUGCCUGGCAUAGAUGAGCCGCCGGGCAGCAGCAGCAGUCUGGAGGAAGUGCCUUCUCUCAGCCUUGCAUUAGAGGAGCAGACCCCUCUGGAGGAGGGCGAGAUCCCCUGGCUCAUGUAUAAUGAGGACUCGGGCAGCAGCAGUGAUGAAGAUCCUGAUGGUGUCAGUCAGUUUGUGCACCCUGGACUCUUUAUUCUGGAUGGCAACAAUAACCUGGAGGAUGAUUCCAGCAUGAGUGAAGACCUGGACACAGAGUGGAGGUUCCUGGAUGAAUUUGGUGAUGGUUUUGGGAUGGCUCAGGCAAUCUCUUAUGUGGAUCAUUCCCAGCUCCUUACUUACAUGGCAUUAGAGGAGCGUCUUGCUCAGGCUAUGGAGGCAGCACUGGCUCAUCUGGAGUCUUUAGCUAUAGAUGUGGAGCAGGCUCACCCCCCCGCCACCGAACAGACCAUCGACUGCCUUCCCCAGAUCCCCGUCAAUGCCGAAAACACUGAGCAGGAGCAGUGCUGUGCCAUCUGCUGUUGUGAAUAUGUCAAAGAUGAGAUUGCAACCCUGCUGCCGUGCCGCCACAUGUUCCAUAAACUCUGCGUCACUCUCUGGCUCAGAAAGUCUGGCACAUGUCCAGUGUGUCGCCACGUUCUGACCCCAGCGGUGACCGAACCUGCGCCUUUAAAUUCUGAACAAGAAACGCCACAAUCCAGUCACAGCGCGUCUGGGGGAACAUGUUAAACGGCAUAAAAACAUCCCGCAAAGAGAUACUCAAAUAAUAAAUCAUCAGUCUCGCAAAGAAGUGGCAAGCAGCGGCCUGAACUAGCUUUCAGAUUCCAUUUAACCUAGCGACUCGUGCUGCAAUUCAUGGUCCAAACGUGGCGAACUAAACCUUAUUUUCUAAGAAAAUAUGAAUACGUAUAUAUUCAUAGGAAGCAUGUUUAUUCAUGUUUCAAUUCAAAUGUUUUUGCACAUCCCGGCUAAACAUAACAUGUCUUUAACUUUUCACGUCCUGUCAAGUUAAACUCCAAUGCAAUCCUCCAAUAAAAGCUCACAUUUGGUUCAAGUCAUGAUUUCUUUGAUCAGUUCAGAGUGGUUUCCACCCUGAACUCGCUCCAGAUAUGCAUUCGGAGCCUUCCAGAUUUAAGUGCACGUAGCUGGAUGUGAAUUAUAAUUGCAGUGCGAUAUAUUUCACUGGUUUGUAUCAAUCAUCCAAAUGAUGUAUCCCGGAAAGACACACAUAUAAUAAUUCAGUUGAGAUGUGGGAUUCAUUUCAAGCAGCAAAUUCAUAGACUCCAAAAACUUUAUUGCAAGUGUUAUAAACAAUGAGCAGACAUUGUUAUAGUUGAACGACCAUCAGAGAGGGGAAAGAGAACUGAAUGGAAAACAAGGAAUCAAGCCCAUUUAUCUUUUCAUAUUUCUUCUUUCAGCUGGCAGGGGUCAAAAUCUCUAAAAGCAUUAGUUUGAAAACGAAACGUCCAGUGUUGCUUUUUCUACUUUUGUUGAUGGAUCAAUUCAAGCCAGUUUGGAGCUGAAACAACUAUUUUAUGCUGUUUUAUAUUGGGGGAUAUUUCAAAGCAUAAAAAGGCCAAAAGUGCAAUCAAUAGAUAACAUUUUUCCAUCACAAAAUAAAUAGUCCAGCACAGGGAAGGAAGAAUCGCCCGGCUGAAUGACAACAGAAAACUGUGCUUAUUGUUAAAUACUUUGAAAAUGAGCUGUCAAGUUAUGAAUGAUUUAUUAAGAGUAUCGCUGCUCUAACAAAGCAAGCCAUUUUUCUGAUGGAAGUUUACAAGAACACUAUGUGCAAGUCAGACUUGGGAAAGGGAAUGUAAUGUCUCUGUGUAACACACAAAUUUCAAUAUAACGUGAAACAAUACUGGUGUUUGCUUUAAUACACUGACAUCAUGAAUCAUAGUGAAUGGUACAAAAAAGCAAGAUUAAAAUGCUAGAAUAAUAUUACAGUAUUUCAAACACCACACUACAGGGAUAAUUGCUUUGACAUUUAAAAAAAAACACAAAAAAAAAACAAGAGUUUACUUGCCAGUAAUUGAUGUAAGCUCAGCUUAAAAAAAAUAAAAUAAAUAAUUUUGAUCUGAACUCACUGGUGAUUCAUGCAAGGAUACAAAUCCAAACUGUAUUAUACAGUAGCUUUAUGUGUAUAUUGUCACCAGUUCUGUAUGAUUAGCGCAUGCAUUUUAUUGCAUGUCAAACUCCAUUGACUUUUGGCUGCUUUAGUGAUGACAACAACGUGAAGAGAAAAAAAAAAAAAAGAUCUUGCAGAAUAAAAAGAAGCAGUGUCAAUGUUAUGGGACCCUCUUUACAUACUCCAAAUGUGCAAAUAUUAAAUCGGUAUUGAUUCUGGGUCAUCAUCGCUACUAUUAUAACUGAAAGUUGAUGCAUAUUCCUGACAGUCGUCCACAUUCUAAUAUUAAUUUUGCAGUGAAAACAAAAAACAAACUCCUAUAAAAUGACAUUAUGGAAUCUACAAAAAAGUAUUUACAAAAUACAAAAGGAAUGCUUUUAUAGAGUAAACCUUGAAGAAACCACGAUUCCAUUUUUGUGGAAAUGGAACGACAAAUUUAUGUGACUCGGGAACAAGAAGCUGCUGGUAAGACACACAGUCUGUGGAGCUUGGGUACAUGAAACAUGGAAAGAAAAUGGCACCUGAAAAAAAUAAGAAACAACCUGUGAUAGUCUUAAUAUAAAACACAUCAUUGUCUAACCAAACCUGCAAUACUUGUGUAGGUUAAUGCAUCUAUUAUGUCUCGAGGGUUGUUUGCAUGAGAAAACCGGAUCUUAAAAAAGCACAAGAAUAAGAACAUCACAAUCCAAGACAAUAGCAUAGAUACAAAUAAACAUGCUUGUGACUGGCUUUGGUUGUUGGUUACCCCAAAAAAAUAUCAACAACAAAAAAACAUAAAUCCCCGAACAGGAUAAAACAGUCAGUUUUGGACAGAGUUUUUGGUGAUGUCUAAUAAAUGCUACAUGGCAACAAUAUAAAUAUAAAGAGAUAGUUCACUGAAAAAUGUCCAUUCUGUCAUUAUCUACUCAUCAUAUGUCCAAAAUAGUAUGAUUUUCUUUGUUCCAAGGAGAUGUUUUUGUAGACCGCUCUUUUCCAUACAAUGAAAAUGAAAAAGUUAUUCACUAAAAUCUUUCCCUCGUUGGCACGUCCACAUAUUUAAAUUGUAUUUAAAUGUGUCAAUGAAGAGCAUUUUUGCAUCACUUGAAUCAAAAGUGUUGUCACACCUUCAAAUUACGGAUCUGAAUAUAUCCAAACCAUCAUCGAGAUCUGAAAGCUACACUGCAGCAAAAGUGAUUGAAAUGUACUGCAAAGGUUGUAUAGACCACUUCUGUGAUACUUUUCUGGUGCUUUUUAAAGCUCAAGGGAUCCGGUCACCAUAUUCUUUCACAGACUGGAAAAGAGCAGCGUGAACAUUAUAAUACAUUUCUCCUUUUGUUCUCUAUGGAAGAAACGAAAAUCAUAGCACUGGAAAGGCAUGGGGGUGAGUAAAUGAUGACGAGUUGACUUUUCUUUUUUUUUACUAUCCAUUUAACCAUCAGAUGGCAUGAACCAUGAAGAGGCGGGAGGUUGGAGUAUUUGGAGGAAAUCUGAAGGCUUAUAAACGGUAGAUUGAUGGAGUGUCCAUGUCAUUCAACUGGUCUCAAACAGCUGCAGGAUCGCUUGGUUUUACAUGAAGGCUGUAGUAUACCAUUCUUGUGAUCAUAAAUUGCACUUCGGUAAAUCUUUGCAUUUGGUCUCACUGCUCGAGUGCUGAAGCGUUGGAAUGUCACUCAGUGAAAGUCUUAAGGAUGCUAUUUUGUGACUGACAAACAUCUGGAAUUUUUUAUAAAUACAAAAUGUCCUAUUACUUUCCAGUAACAUAAAAAUGACUAUAAAACUCCCCAAACCGUCAGGUUUAAAGGCUUUAAAAAGACAGUAUUGUGUUAAUGGGUGGACAAACAGUCCAUCUUCACACAUUCAUCUCCAUGUUGUAAAGGAAUAGUUCCCUAAUAAUGAAAUCCUGUCAUUAAUUCACCCCUCAUCUCGUUCCAAACCUGACUUUUUCUUUCCUCUGUGGAACACAAAAGAUGAUAUUUUGAAUAAUGUUUUGUCCAUAUACUAAAAGUGAAUUGAGUACAGAACAACAUUGGACCCAACUAACCCUGAUUAGACCAAAAACACUUUUCCAAAGUGUUUUUGUGUUCAACAGAAGAAAGAAAAGAUAUGCAGGUGUGCAUCAACACAAGGGUGAGCAAGUUGUGACAGGAUUUCAUUUUCGGGUAAACCACUCCCCUUUUUCACUGGUGCGUACACAGGAAUACUCAAUGGCACACUGAAUGCACAUAAUACAUCUUACGUUCUUCUCUGUCAUAGCUUAACUGUUUCCAAAAAAAAAAAA